AAAGAGAGAAGAGAAAAGCCAAAGGCUUACAUUAUUACACUCUGUCUAUUAUGGCUAUGCCUCCUAUGCCUCAACUGUAUCAUCUCAUCUCCAGUUGCCAACCAAAAAUCCCACCUUCCUUCUUUACAAUUUCUUCAUUUUUAUAAUAGUUGAGCAAAUCUCAAAAAAAAAAAAAAGUUUUUUUUUUUAAAUAAAAAAGAAUUAGUAAAAUCCAACAUACCAAAACUCAAUCUGUAGGACACCACAUUCUGGUCUUCUUAAAGUUUCCUACCACAGUGGAAUAAAGGGUUCCUUCCAAGAAUCUUUUUUUGCUUUCUGUGUAGCCAUGGCUUCUCUUUUAGACUUACCCAUAAAGCACAAAUUAUAAUAUUAUUCAAUUGAAAGGAAAGGAAAGUAAAGAAUAGAUUUUUGAAGUGUUGUUUUGUAUCAAGUUUGUGUUUUUAUUUUCAAAGUCAUGUUUUUGAGACUUGGGAGAGUGUCUUUUUUGUGAAAUUGAGAUUUUCUUCCUUAUUUUUCUUGUUUUCUGAUCUAAACAAGAGAAGGGUCAUUUGGGUUUUUUAAGAUUUUCUUUUCUGGGUGGGUGACAUUUUCCUUUCCUCACAAGUCACUAUCAUCAUACCCUUUUACUUGUUUUUAUUUAACUAACCAAUCAAGGCCUCAUUUUUAUUUUUCUUUUGAAAAAACCUCUGGAGUUUAAAUUGUUAAAUUUUAUCAGUUUUGGGUGAGUGAGAGAGAAAAAGUGACCUGUAUUGACUGAGUUUCACUGCAACAACUCCUUUUGAGGACUUGUUGUGUAAGUGUGUUUGGAAAGUGUUUGAUAUGAGGCCUCAAUAAAUUCUUCCUCAUUUACUUAAUGGAGAAAAUAGUGAGACAUUCUGUACUUGUUACUGUUAUUACUAUUUUUCUUUUGAUCUGCCAUUCAGAGCAACUACAAUCUUCUCAAACUCAUACCCUUUUAAGAGUUAAGAGACUUCUCAACUACCCAACAAUUUUAAGUGAUUGGAACAACAAAACAGAUUUUUGUAACUAUGAACCAAAUCCAUAUGUUACUGUUGUGUGUUAUGAAGGUACCAUAACUCAGCUCCAUAUGAUUGGUGAAAAGGGAGCACCACUCUUACCUCGAAAUUUUUCGAUAGAUUCCUUCUUUUCAACUCUUGCUAGGCUACCAAAUUUGAAAGUUGUUACCUUUGUUUCACUUGGAUUAUGGGGUCCUUUGUCUGGUACAACAAGUUUAGCAAGUUUGACAUCAUUGGAGAUAGUUAACAUGAGUUCAAAUUUUCUGUAUGGAGGAAUUCCAAGACAGGUUUCAUCUCUAACAAGUCUUAGGACACUCAUACUUGAUAACAACAUGUUAGCUGGUAAGUUACCCGAUUCGCUUACUUCAUUACCUCUUUUGACUGUUUUGAGUUUGAAGAACAAUUCCUUCAAUGGAUCUUUGCCUUCUUCAUUUGCAUACCUUGAAAAUCUUAGGAUUCUUGCUUUGUCACAUAACCAUUUCUAUGGUGAGGUACCCGAUUUUAGUCGUUUGACAAAUCUUCAAGUUCUUGAUUUGGAAGAUAAUGCUUUUGGACCAAAGUUUCCCAAACUUGGAAACAAGUUAGUUACUCUUGUACUCAGCAAGAACAGAUUUAGAUCUGGUCUUCCUGCUGAAGUUAGCUCAUACUAUCAGCUCGGACGAUUGGAUUUGUCAUUGAACUCGUUCGUGGGGCCAUUCCCUUCAGCAUUGCUAGCAUUACCUUCAAUCACUUAUCUAAAUGUUGCAGGAAACAAAUUCACAGGCAUGUUGUUUGGUAACCAAUCUUGUAAUCUUGAUCUUAAAUUUGUGGAUUUGUCCUCAAAUCUUCUCACUGGAAAUGUACCCGAAUGCCUUAAUUCGAAUUCCAAGGACAAGGUUGUGAGGUAUACCAAAAAUUGUUUGUCAACUAGUAAACAAAAUCAGCGCCCGUUGCAGUCUUGUCGAACUGAAGCAUUGGCUGUGGGAAUCUUACCUGAGAAAAGGAAACAAAACCAAACUUCUAAAACAGUUCUUGCCAUAGGCAUUGUUGGAGGCACUUUAGUAGGUCUUGCCAUUGUUUGUAUUAUUUUCUUAAUAUAUAGAAGAGUAAAUUCAAAGGUGCUUAGCAAAUCUCCAACAAGAUCCAUAACAGAAAAUGCAUCAACUGCAACUGGUUACACCUCAAAGUUAAUCUCUGAUGCAAGGUACAUAUCUCAUACAAUGAAGUCAGGAACAUUCGGUCUUCCUGGUUACAGAACCUUUUCGUUGGAAGAGCUUGAGGAGGCUACAAACAACUUUGAUACAUCUGCUUUUAUGGGAAAAGGCUCUAAUGGGCAGAUGUACAGAGGCCUGCUUAAGGAUGGUUCCUAUGUUGCCAUUAGAUGCCUAAAAAUGAAAAGAAGGCAUGGAACUCAAAACUUUAUGCAUCAUAUUGAGCUUAUUUCGAAACUGAGGCAUCGAAAUUUGGUCAGUGCUCUUGGACAUUGCUUUGAAUGUUACUUGGAAGAUUCUAGUGUUAGCAGAAUAUUUCUUAUCUUUGAAUAUGUACCAAAUGGCACAUUGAGAAGCUGGAUUUCGGAGCCACAUUCAAAGCGAUCGCUAAGUUGGAGUCAACGGAUAUCAGUGGCGAUAGGGAUAGCGAAAGGGAUUCAAUUUCUUCACACCUGGAUCGCGCCCGGUGUAUACAGAAACAAUCUUAAAAUAACUGAUAUAUUACUAGAUUACAACUUUGUUGCAAAAAUCAGCAGUUAUAACAUCCCUUUACUAGUCAAUAAUACAGGAAAGAAGGUCAAUUCUAGUGGAUCCAAAGAGAUCAUUAUUAAUACAAGGAUGAAAGAUGAUGAACAGAGUGAUGUUUAUGACUUUGGAGUGAUUUUGGUUGAAAUAAUCAAGGGUAGGCCAGUAAAGUCUGAAAAACAAGUUGAUGCUCUUAGAGAUCAGAUACAAUUGGCUAUUGCAACUGAUAGAGCAGCUCGGCGGAGCAUGGUUGAUCCAGCAGUUAAUAGGACAUGUUUGGAUCAAUCUUUGAAGACGAUGAUGGAAGUUUGUGUGAGAUGUCUACUCCAAAACCCCGAAGAGAGACCUUCGAUCGAAGAUGUGCUGUGGAACUUGCAGUAUGCAGCUCAAGUUCAGGACGCGUGGCGAGGAGGAGAAUCACAGACUAGCAGUGAGGGUACUUCUCCAAUCUGAUCACAACAAUCUCAUUCCUCUUGUCUCUAUCCCUUGGCAACACACAGAUCAAGAUGUUCUAAAAAUGAAGACAAGGAAUAACAGAAUUUAAAAAAAAAACAAAAUUUUCAGUAAUCUCUUCUCUUCUUACCAUUUUUUUUUGCUAGUGCCCACUUUGUAGUUUUUAACUGUAAAUUGUCUUUAAGAAAAAAGAAAAGAAAAAGUCUCAUAAGAAAGGGAAAGCAAUGGAGCCAUAUUGUUGUUGUGAGACAUGAUUGUUCCAUUUUAUACAUUAAAGAUACAAUUUAUUACUAAUUAGUAUGUUUAAUUACAAAUUUGUGUUUUUUUUA